GGCCAGCAGCGCACGGUGCUCCCGCAGCGCACGAGUCCUCCCGCGGCCCUUUGCCCGCUCUCCAGCGUCCGCCACCCGCCCUCGGGACCCCAGCACUCCUGGCUCCCGCAGGCAAGCCACCCACUGCCUACCUAGCCCGAGCUCUGGGUGGGCACUUGGAACACUCAGGUAACAGAGUUUGGGGUGCCUUGGGUGUGUUUCCGGGGCGCACCUCCUAAGUGUCCGGGAGUUCCCACUCUGAAACGGAGCGUGCCUCCCACCACGGGAGCCUCGGGUGGCCUGCUGCACGCAGGUACAGCUGGAAAGCACCUUGCGCAAGGAGGCGGGAGGUGGACUCACGGCUCCUCCCCCUUCCUCCUUCUUCCCGGAUUCCGGGUGACCAGUCAGUGUCGGCCUGGGCUGUGGCUGGGGAAGUGAGGACCCGCGCUCUCCGCGUCUCCCGCGGGAGACGCUGCUGCUUCGACAGCUGCGCCCUGGUUGCUGAGCCUGGACUCCCCAGCAGGCACCACAGUGAUGGAGUUCAUGAGCACGGGAAGUGACGAGAAAGAAGAGAUUGAUUUAUUAAUCAAGCACUUAAACGUGUCGGAAGUCAUCGACAUAAUGGAAAACCUUUACGGAAGUGAAGAACAAGCAGUAUAUGAGCCCAGUCUGAUGACCACGUGUCCAGACAGUAACCAGAACAAGGACCGUUCGGAGCCACUGCUUCGGAGUGGCCAGGAGGUGCCCUGGCUGUCAUCUGUCAGAUACGGGACCGUGGAGGAUCUACUUGCAUUUGCAAACCAUAUAUCUAACACCGCAAAGCAUUUUUAUGGACGUCGGCCGCAAGAAUCUGGGAUUUUAUUAAAUAUGGUAAUCAGUCCCCAGAACGGACGCUACCAAAUCGACUCAGAUGUUCUCCUCGUCCCUUGGAAGCUGACUUACAGGAACAUCGGCUCUGGUUUCGUUCCUCGGGGGGCCUUUGGAAAAGUGUACUUAGCCCAAGACAUGAAGACCAAGAAAAGAAUGGCAUGCAAACUGAUUCCGGUGGAUCAGUUUAAGCCAUCGGAUGUGGAAAUCCAGGCCUGCUUCCGGCAUGAGAACAUUGCUGAAUUAUAUGGUGCCAUCCUAUGGGGUGAUACUGUCCAUCUCUUCAUGGAAGCAGGCGAGGGAGGGUCUGUUCUGGAGAAGCUGGAGAGCUGUGGGCCCAUGAGAGAAUUUGAAAUUAUUUGGGUGACGAAGCACGUUCUUAAGGGACUUGAUUUCCUGCACUCCAAGAAAGUGAUCCAUCAUGAUAUUAAACCUAGCAAUAUUGUCUUCAUGUCCACAAAAGCUGUUUUGGUCGACUUUGGCCUAAGUGUUCAAAUGACUGAAGACGUCUAUCUGCCCAAGGAUCUCCGAGGAACAGAGAUAUACAUGAGCCCCGAGGUGAUUCUGUGCAGGGGCCAUUCCACCAAAGCCGACAUCUACAGCCUUGGAGCCACACUCAUCCACAUGCAGACAGGCACCGCACCCUGGGUGAAGCGCUACCCUCGAUCGUCCUAUCCCUCUUACCUCUACAUAAUCCACAAGCAGGCACCUCCCCUGGAAGACAUUGCGGGCGACUGCAGUCCAGGCAUGAGGGAGCUGAUAGAAGCCGCCCUGGAGAGGAACCCCAACCACCGUCCUAGAGCGGCAGACCUACUGAAACACGAAGCCCUGAAUCCCCCUCCAGAGGACCAGCCACGAUGUCAGAGUCUGGACUCUGCCCUCUUUGAACGGAAGAGGCUGCUGAGUAGGAAGGAGCUGGAACUUCCUGAGAACAUUGCCGACUCUUCAUGCACGGGCAGCACCGAAGAGUCUGAGGUGCUCCGGAGACAGCGUUCCCUCUACAUAGACCUCGGAGCUCUGGCCGGCUACUUCAAUAUUGUUCGGGGGCCACCAACCCUGGAAUAUGGCUGAUGGAUGGCUUUGUCCGCCACAAACUAGGAUGGACAUUUCUCUCCUGGAUGUUGGCUUUGCAGACCCUGCACAGCAGCUCUGGAGAGGGAAUUUUACCCAUUUUUUGGGAGGGUCAGUGAGGCCUCAUGACAUAUGAAUGUCACUGCAAUGUCCCCCUUUGUGAAGCUACUCUGGCAUGUCCCAGGGCCCAAGGUUCUCAUUUCUCAGGUGGUGGGACUGGACAGGAUGGAGCAGAGAGCUCAGGGAAGGAUCAUUUCUGAUGACAAUUCCAUUCACUGUAUACUCUGCUGGACGUGUUAAAAAAAAGCCCUCAUAAGAUAUUAACCUAAAUUUCCUAUUCUUGGUUCUUAUUUAAGCAUGGGAUCUUCACUGGACUCAGAAGACCUGUUCUGUGUAUAUAUUGGUGUGUAUUAUAUGGUAAUUCUUUGAGCCAUGGUGGGUAGGCUCCAGUAUAAGUUUAAUUCAUUGUAUUUUGGGUGAAUAGAACAACUUUAAUAUUACAGCAAUAUACUGGACUAGUGUCUUACAAAUGGCCGGUUCACUCAGAGCCACCUGACAGUCAGUCACUAGAGACAGUUUCUGUUAUGUUCCUAUGGAAACACUGUGUACUGUACAUGCUAUGCUUAAAACAUUUAAAACACAAUGUUUUUAAAUGUGGAUAGAACUAUGCAAACCACAUAAUUUCUGUACAUCCCAAAGGAUGAGAAGUGUGACCUUCAAGAAAGUGGAAGCUUUUGUAAAUUCUUGGUGAUGCUACAUUUGUAAUUAAUGAGACUAUUUUCUUUAAAGUGUUUCUAUAUUAAAAUAGCAUACUAUGUAUGUUUUAUUCCAAAUUCCUUCAUGAAUCUUUCAUAUACAUAUAUGUAUAUAUAUUUUAACAUUGUAAAGUGUGAGCAUUCUUAUUUAAAGUAUAUUU